AUGACCACCACCAAAGUCGUAGAGGGAACUGUCGCUUUUAAACAUGCCUCUCUUCCCAAACCCUGCGAGACAUGGUACAAAGUCUAUGGAGACUUGAAAUCCUCUCGCAGCGGACGUCCUCUCGUAACCCUCCAUGGAGGACCAGGUAUGGCACACAACUACCUUCUUUCCAUAUCUGCCCUGGCCCGCGACCCCAAAUAUCAGAUCCCUGUCGUCUUCUAUGACCAGAUUGGGACGGGUCUCUCCACGCAUAUCCGCGAGAAGAGAAUGGACGAGAGUUUCUGGCAACCCGAGUUGUUCAUUGCCGAGUUGGACAAUCUUCUCGAACAUCUCGGCAUCGCUAACGAUUUUGAUUUGCUCGGACAAUCGUGGGGUGGCAUGUUGGGUGCAAUGUUCGCAAUUCGUGGCCACAGAGGUCUCAAAAGGCUCAUCAUUUCCAACUCUCCGGCCAGCAUGCCGUUGUGGGUAGAAUCCUGCAACAAAUGGCGCCAACAACUGCCUCCAGAAAUCGAACGUGCCCUACAAAGGCAUGAAGCUGAUAAAACAUACAAGGACCCAGAAUACACUUCUGCCGUGGAAUACUUCUACAAACUGCACGUAUGCCGUAUCUUCCCGUUUCCCAAAGACAUCAUGGACACGUUUGCCUGGGUAGAGAAGGACGACACCGUGUAUAUGACAAUGAACGGACCAAGCGAAUUCACCGUUAUUGGAAACCUGAAGGAUUGGAGUGUCGUUGAUCAAGUACACAAGAUUAGCGUACCAACACUAGUAUUAAAUGCCGAGUUUGACGAGGCGAGAGACAGUUGUGUCUACCCAUACUUCUCCGGCAUUCCCAAAGUGAAAUGGUACACAUUUCCCGGCGCCAGCCACUGCACCAACGUCGAGAUUCCGGAUAAAUACAUGGCUGUCGUUGCGGAAUUUUUGCUCGGCCCUUAG